UCUUAUAAGAGACGUCAUGGGCAACUGGGUCGAAAAUGAGGGACUUUCCAUAUUUGUAAUUUUCGUGUGGCUGGCUUUAAAUGUCUUCCUCUUCACAUGGUACUACUUCGUGUAUGAUCUUGGUGAGAAAUUCUACUAUACAAGAGAGCUCCUUGGGCCUUUCCUGGCACUGGCUCGGGCACCUGCAGCAUGUCUGAAUUUCAACUGUAUGCUGAUUCUGCUUCCAGUCUGUCGAAACCUGCUUUCCUUCCUCAGAGGAUCCAGUGCAUGCUGCUCAGUGCGAGUCAGAAGACAGCUGGACAGGAACCUCACAUUUCACAAACUGGUGGCUUGGAUGAUUGCCCUCCAUACUACAAUCCACACAAUUGCACAUUUAUUUAAUGUAGAAAACCUUGUGAAUGCACGUAAUGAUAAUAAAACAACCAUUCAAACUGUACUAUCUCGUUUGGAAGAUACAAAAAAUGAAACGUACCUAAAUUUUGCCCGCAAGAAACUCCCGAACCCUGAAGGUGGCCUCUAUGUAGCAUUCACAACCUUAGCAGGUCUCAGUGGCGUUAUCAUUACCCUGUGUCUAAUAUUAAUAAUCACAUCAUCUACUAAAACCAUUCGAAGGUCAUACUUUGAAGUAUUUUGGUUCACCCACCAUCUUUUUGUUAUAUUUUUUGCUGGUCUUGUCAUACAUGGUGCUGGACAAAUUGUACGUGGUCAGAUAAAGACUAGUUCGAAAGAGCAUAACCCAAUCGUUUGUGCCAAGCAGUUCACUCAGUGGGGGAAAACACCUGAGUGCCCGAUACCACAGUUUUCUGGAAAUCCUCCUAUGACAUGGAAAUGGGUAGUGGGUCCAAUGAUUCUAUACCUCUGUGAGAGGUUGGUGCGGUUUUGGCGGUCGCAACAAAAAGUUGUCAUUACAAAGGUUGUCAUUCACCCCUUCAAAACCAUUGAGCUCCAGAUGAAGAAGAAGGGCUUCAGGAUGGAAGUUGGGCAGUACAUUUUUGUCAAGUGUCCUGCCGUGUCCAUGUUGGAGUGGCACCCUUUCACACUGACUUCUGCCCCUGAAGAGGAUUACUUCAGCAUUCACAUACGUAUUGUAGGGGACUGGACAGAAGGCUUGUUUAAUGUUUGUGGAUGUGACAAACAAGAAUUCCAGGAUGCCUGGAAGCUGCCAAAAAUGGCUGUAGAUGGACCUUUUGGCACUGCUAGUGAAGAUGUUUUCAGUUAUGAAACGGUGAUGUUGGUUGGAGCUGGCAUUGGAGUCACCCCAUUUGCAUCAGUCCUCAAGUCUGUAUGGUACAAAUACUGCAAUGAUGCCAUUAACCUAAGACUCAAAAAGAUCUAUUUCUAUUGGCUCUGCAGAGACACGCAUGCCUUUGAAUGGUUUGCUGACCUCUUGCAGUCACUGGAGAAUCAAAUGCAGGAUAGGGACAAUGCAGCAUUUCUCAGCUACAAUAUCUAUCUUACAGGCUGGGAUGAAUCUCAGGCUACUCACUUUACAGUGCAUCAUGAUGAAGAGAAAGAUGUGAUCACUGGUUUGAAACAGAAAACCUUGUAUGGCAGACCAAAUUGGGAAAAUGAGUUCAAAAUGAUUGCAAAUCAGCACCCCAGUUCAAGGAUUGGGGUUUUCCUAUGUGGACCUGAAGCCUUGGCUACAACCUUAAAUAAGAUAAGCAUUAGCAAUUCAGAAGCUGAUCCCCGUGGAGUACACUUCAUAUUCAACAAAGAAAAUUUUUGAAGGUGCCAGUCCCCCAAACAACAAAAUAAAAUGGCUAUGUUUCAGCACUAUGGAUCUUAAUACAGAUUACCAUCUCGCUAGAAUUUUGCCCCAGUGUAACUUAAAGAUUCUAUGUCUUGCUUCUGUUAGCUUUUGCAUUGUGUAGAAUUUAGCAAAUGACCUAUUCCCUGGCUUUAAAAUGAUAAAGCUUUCCCCAGCCUUGUUAAUUUCAUCAGAUCCUGAAAAUGGUGGUGAUAAGCAGCAGCAGAUACCCAGGACUGUAGAAAAGGUGGAGGAUGACUAAAGUCAUGUGCUGCACCUAUUACUAAGCAACCCAAACAGUACUUCUAUACAGGAAGGAGAAAGUAGUAAAAGUUAAAAAGCCAUUCCUAAAUAUCCAACACUCUAGGAAACUUGUAGAUCGCCAACUACAUGAGCUUCAGAGAGCACUUCUUCUCACAGGUGAUACAGAAGUGCAAGAAAGUUGAGUCUAAUUACUUGUACCUUUACUAUAGCGAAAAUACUUAUAUUGCAACAUGGGAAAAAUAAAUGCCCACCUCCAGUAAAAUUAUUGAUUGAAGACCAUAGAACUCUUAUCAAUAUUUGAAGCAUGGCACAUAGAUAACAAUUGCAUAUGGGCUUAUCUUUAGAUAUUUAUAGAAACUUAUGUGUAGAUCUGCCACCACUGAUGUUAUAUUUUUGCCUCUAGUUGAACAGUGAGGUUAACAGCUAGCAGCUUUAUACACAGGAAAACUCAGCCUCUCAUAUUAGAUGUCCUUCCUUAUCCAUUUUCUAGUCUUAGUUAUUCAUAAGAAUGAUGCAUGAUGGCCCUAAUUUUUUGAGGUUAUGAUAUUGAAUUUAUGUUCUUGUUUUGUACAUAACAUUCUCAAUAAAAUG